CCUCGUCGGUCCGCGUGUGUGUAGCCGAGCGCCCCCCACAACUGCGGCCAUGACUCCGCCGCCACCCCAGCCGCCGCCCCCGGGCCCGAACCCUGGCGCAGACUCUUCCGCCGACCCCCGCCCAGAACCUGGACCCCUGGUCGUACUGUUCGGGGCCACAGCCGGUGCACUGGGGCCGGAUCUGGGCUCAGACGAGACCGACUUAAUCCUGCUAGUGUGGCAAGUGGUGGAGCCACGGAGCCGACAGGUGGGGACGCUGCACAAGUCACUGAUUCGCGCCGAGGCGGCCGCACUGAGCCCUCAAUGCCGCGAGGCGAGUGGCCUGAGCGCCGACAGCCUGGCGCGGGCCGAGCCGCUGGACAAGGUGCUGCAGCAGUUCUCACAGCUGGUGAGCGGGGAUGUAGCUUUGCUGGGCGGGGGCCCCUACGUGCUCUGCACUGAUGGGCAGCAGCUACUGCGACAGGUCCUGCACCCUGAGGCCUCCAGGAAGAACCUGGUGCUCCCCGACACCUUCUUCUCCUUCUACGACCUCCGCAGAGAGUUCCAUGUGCAGCGCCCAAACACCCACCUUGCCGGGGACCUCACCGUGGCCACCAUGGCACAGGAACUGGGGCUGGAGACAGAUGCCACAGAGGAUGACUUUGGGGUCUGGGAAGUGAAGACAAUGGUAGCUAUCAUCCUCCACCUGCUCGAAGGGCCCGGUGGUCAAUUGUUUUCGAAGCCUGAGGUGAUAAAGCAGAAAUAUGAGACAGGACCUUGCAGCAAGACCGAUGUGGUGGACAGCGAGACUGUGGUUCGGGCCCGUGGGCUGCCCUGGCAGUCAUCAGACCAGGACGUGGCUCGCUUCUUCAAAGGGCUCAACAUUGCCAGGGGUGGUGUAGCACUCUGCCUCAAUGCCCAGGGCCGCAGAAAUGGCGAGGCCCUCAUCCGCUUUGUGGACAGCGAGCAGCGGGACCUAGCGUUGCAGAGACACAAGCACCACAUGGGUGUCCGCUAUAUCGAGGUAUAUAAAGCAACAGGAGAGGAGUUUGUAAAGAUCGCAGGGGGCACAUCACUAGAGGUGGCUCGUUUCCUGUCACGGGAAGACCAAGUGAUCCUACGGCUUCGGGGACUGCCCUUCUCGGCUGGGCCAGCAGACGUGUUAGACUUCCUGGGGCCAGAGUGUCCAGUGACUGGGGGUACCGAUGGGCUGCUCUUUGUGCGCCACCCUGACGGCCGGCCCACAGGUGAUGCCUUUGCACUCUUUGCCUGUGAGGAGCUGGCACAGGCUGCCCUGCGCAGGCACAAAGGCAUGCUGGGUAAGCGAUACAUUGAACUCUUCCGGAGCACUGCAGCCGAGGUGCAGCAGGUCUUGAACCGCUAUGCAUCCAGCCCACUCCUUCCCACAUUGACUGCUCCACUGCUGCCCAUCCCCUUCCCACUGGCAGCUGGGACUGGGAGAGACUGUGUGCGCCUUCGAGGCUUGCCCUAUACAGCCACCAUCGAAGACAUCCUGAGCUUUUUAGGGGAGGCAGCAGCUGACAUCCGGCCCCAUGGUGUGCACAUGGUGCUCAACCAGCAGGGUCGGCCAUCGGGCGAUGCCUUCAUCCAGAUGACGUCAGCAGAGCGGGCCUUAGCUGCUGCUCAGCGGUGCCAUAAAAAAGUGAUGAAGGAACGCUACGUGGAAGUGGUCCCCUGCUCCACAGAAGAGAUGAGCCGUGUGCUAAUGGGGGGCACUUUGGGCCGCAGCGGCAUGUCCCCUCCACCCUGCAAGCUGCCCUGCCUCUCGCCACCAGCCUAUGCCACCUUCCAGGCCACCCCGACACUCAUUCCCACUGAGACAGCAGCUCUCUAUCCCUCUUCAGCGCUGCUCCCGGCUGCCAGGGUGCCUGCUGCCCCGACUCCUGUUGCCUACUACCCAGGGCCAGCUACUCAACUCUACAUGAACUACACAGCUUACUACCCCAGCCCCCCAGUCUCCCCCACCACUGUGGGCUACCUCACCACUCCCCCUGCUGCCCUGGCCUCUGCUCCUACCUCAGUAUUGUCCCAGCCAGGCACCCUGGUCCGUAUGCAGGGUGUCCCAUACACAGCUGGCAUGAAGGAUCUGCUCAGCGUCUUUCAAGCCUACCAGCUAGUCCCUGAUGACUACACAAGCCUGAUGCCUGUUGGUGACCCAUCUCGCACAGUGCUACAGGCCCCCAAAGAGUGGGUGUGUUUGUAGGUGAGGGAAUCAGAAGGUAAGAGCUAGCUGAUGUCC